UGUCCCUGCGACACAGCGGAUCACCGAUCAGCAGAAAGAGUCGAUGACUUUGGCUCGGUCAUAGGGGACAUCUACACUGAUCAUCAGGGCACUAAUGAUCAGUGUAGCCCCAUUAAUGCCACCUGUCAGUGCCCAUCAAUGCCAUAUAUCAGUGCCUACCAGUGCACAUCAAUGCCACAUAUCAGUGCCCAUCUGAACUGCCUGUCAGUGCCAACUAUCAGUGCCACCUAUCAGUGCCAGUCAGCGUUGCCUAUGAGUGCUGCCAAUCGGUGCCAACUAUCAGUGCCACCUAACAGUACCAGUCAGUGCUGCCGAUCAGUGCCGCCUAUCAGU